AUGGCAAAUAAGCACUUCAUGAAAGCCAUACUUCCCUCUCCCAUUCAUUCGAAACAAGUCAGAAUUCCAGAUCAAUUCAUAUCAUGGUUUGGCAAUGAACUCAACACUCUUGUUACUCUUACUCUUCCAGAUGGUCGCCAAUGGGAUAUACAACUCAGCAAAUGCCACACCAAUGGCGUCUUCCUUUGCAACAAAUGGCAAGACUUCUCACAACACUAUUCUCUUCAUUAUGGUUACUACUUAGAUUUCAACUAUCAAGGAAACUCUAACUUUACUGUUGUUAUAUAUGAUACAACUUGUCUUGAGAUUUCAUAUCCACUCACUAACACUGCUUCCAAUGAAUACAACCCAAAUAACCCUUCUUUUUACUCUAAAUCCAUCAAGGGACGCUAUGCUUAUAUUAGUGCUGACUUUGCUACAAAAUAUCUCAAGCUAAAUGUUCCUAUCAAACUCCAAAAUUCUCAAGGAAAGCAAUGGCAAGUUUCUUGUGGAACGCAUAUGGUCAAUUCAUCAGCCAUGCGAAUAUCUGCUGGAUUCACUAAAUUUGCCAAGGAAAACAAUUUAUCAGAAGGAGUUACUUAUGUAUUUGAGCUCAUCAAAAAAGAACCUGUUCUUGUGCUACUAGUUACACAACUUCACAAGACUGGCCGGGGAAGGCAUGUACAAUCGGCGAAGGAAAAGAAAGUUAGGGAACUGAAGCAUUUUAAGAAGGCCAUACUUCCCUCGCCCAUUCAUGCCAAAGAAAUAAGAAUUCCGAAUGAAUUUGUAACAAGAUUUGGUAAAGAACUUGGUAAUGUUGCUGAAAUUACUGUGCCAGAUGGUUCUGUUUGGGAAAUGAAACUUGAGAAACGGAACGAAAACAUUUUCUUAAGCACCAGAUGGCAAGAGUUUGCAAAAUACUAUUCGAUAGAAUAUGGUUGCUACCUGUCUUUCAAAUAUGAAGGGGAUUCAAAGUUUAGUGUUGUUAUAUUUGAUGCAACUUCUGUUGAGAUAUGCUAUCCACUCAAAACUUCGUGUACUAAUGAAGAACAAAACAUAAAGUGUCCUUGUGCUAGGAAAAUGUCUGAGGUUGAAACAAAUGACAAUCAUGUCAAAAGCAUGUCUAAACAUGCUUCCGAAAGAGUUGAUGUUGCUGCCAAUGAAUUCAACCCAGAAAACCCUUUUUUUCGAUCAAAAGUCUAUAAAGGAAGAUAUCCGUACGCUCCUUCUCAUUUUGCUAAAAAGUAUUUGAAGUCAGAUGUUCCUAUCAAACUCCAAAAUGCUGAUGGUAAGCAAUGGGAAGUUUGCUGUGCAUUCAAUCUUCCGAAAUUGCCGGGGGCAAUGCGAAUAGUGAAGGGAUAUUUUGUAUUUCAUACAGACAACAAUCUGUCAGAGGGGGAUCAUUGUGUGUUUGAGCUGAUCAAGGAGACGCCGGUUGUGCUAAAAGUCACAAUAUUUCGCGUGGUUGACUAUGCCGAUUAA